AUUACGUAGUUAGUCGCUACGCAACUCAACGUGUCCCUGUUCUGUUGACUGGGAAACCCCUAGCACGGAGCUGCCAACGCCCGGCGUAAAGACACAAAUAGAGGAUACGAUCUUGAAUGAGUAGCAAAGACUGUAACACACAGCUAUGCAGACCAUUAAGUGUGUUGUAGUUGGUGAUGGUGCCGUGGGUAAAACCUGCCUGCUCAUCUCUUACACCACAAACAAGUUUCCCUCUGAAUAUGUACCUACGGUGUUUGAUAACUAUGCUGUAACUGUAAUGAUUGGAGGUGAGCCCUACACUCUGGGCUUGUUUGAUACAGCAGGUCAGGAAGAUUACGACAGGUUACGACCUCUGAGUUAUCCCCAGACAGAUGUCUUCCUCGUCUGUUUCUCUGUCGUGUCCCCAUCCUCCUUUGAAAAUGUAAAAGAAAAGUGGGUUCCCGAGAUCACCCACCACUGUCCAAAGACGCCCUUCCUUCUAGUUGGGACUCAGAUCGACUUGCGAGAUGAUCCCUCCACUAUAGAGAAGCUGGCUAAGAACAAGCAAAAGCCCAUUACUCCGGAGACAGCCGAGAAGCUGGCAAGAGAUCUCAAGGCUGUGAAAUAUGUGGAGUGCUCAGCCCUCACACAGAAAGGACUAAAGAAUGUGUUUGAUGAGGCGAUAUUGGCUGCAUUGGAGCCCCCAGAGCCCAAGAAGAAACGCAAAUGUGUGCUGCUAUGAGAGGCUCCUACCUUUCCAAAGCACACACCCCCUUCACUCACGCAUACACACACACA